AGGUAUGGAAUCUCAGUGUGCCGCCGCAAACGUCCUGUUGAGCAGCCGGAGAAUGAAAAUCCUUCUAUGAUUGUUGAGGCAAAUAAUUUGCGAAAAUGGCAAAACAAUAAGGCACAUCUCAGAAAUUUCAGCAUGAAUAUGUACCAAGAUCAGAUAACAGUCCUAUUGGGUCCCUCCGAUUCGGGAAAAUCGGCCAUAUUGCAUUCGAUUUCCCGCAGUAUUCCCCUGGAUUCCGGAUGGGUGAGAAUAGAUAAUGUGGAUAUCAUGGGUAACCCCGAGGGAAGAUCGUCCGUGGGGUUAGCACCCCAGCAUAAUGCCUUAUUCCCUAAUUUGACGGUAAGGCAGCAUACUACCUUGUAUACGUCCUUGCGGAGAAGAGGUUCGGGAAGAAAGUUAAGGAACCACUCAGCUGAGAGGUAUUUAAGGGCCUUGGAUCUCUGGGAUGUUAGGGACGUGAAAAGCCGCAAUUUAUCUCAGGCGGACCAAAAGAAGCUAGCGGUGACCUGUGCCUUUUGUGGGGAUAACCGCAUUAUUCUGCUCGACGAGCCCAGUGAGGGGCUGAAUCCCUGCGAAAGGCGAAUGCUCUGGGACAUGUUGCAGACCGAGAAGCGAUGUCGUGCCAUUAUAAUGACCACUUACCAUAUCGAUGAGGCCGAUGCUCUGGCCGAUCGGGUGGCCAUUUUAUGCGAUGGCCAAUUAAAAUUCAGUGGAUCAGCUGCGUUCUUAAAAAACACCUAUGGAACGGGGUAUCAAUUGGUAAGCAACUGA